AUGUCCCAUUCAACGCCAGUCGAUCGUCCUGCAUCAGAAUCUCCCGAUGCCGCUCCCACCCAGGUCGCCGGACAGCCCUCCGCCCAUCCCUCCCGCACCACCGAACUCGCCAGUCUUAAGAUAAGACUUCGCGCUGCUUUGCGCCAGUUCCCGGACUUCCCUUCGCCUGGCAUUCUGUUCGAAGAUAUCCUGCCCAUUUUCAUCGACCCCACCUUGCACGAAGCCCUCAUCCGUUCUCUCGAGCUCCACGUUCUCCAAAGCGGCAAUGGCCAGAAACCCGAUGUCAUCGUUGGCCUGGAGGCGCGGGGUUUUCUCAUCGGUCCCAGUCUGGCUCUGAGAUUGGGCGCCAGCUUUGUUCCUGUUAGAAAACAGGGCAAGUUGCCAGGUCCCUGCGAAACUCAGGCAUACGACAAGGAAUAUGGCCAGGAUUUCUUCCAAAUGCAGUGCGGUUCCAUCAAGCCAGGCCAGAAGGUAGUCAUUGUGGACGACAUCAUUGCAACUGGCGGGUCAGCAGCUGCGGCAGGCGAACUCGUUAAGAAGAUGGGUGGCUCUUUGCUAGGUUAUGUUUUCAUUCUCGAGCUGGAAUUCCUCAAGGGCCGCGAUAAGCUUCAGGCCCCUGUCUUCACCCUCCUAGCCGGCCAGGAGGGAAAGACAACAUGA